AUGUCCAUAAUCUCGAAGUUUUACGAGCUCGGCUGCACUUACAUCGACUGUGACGGGAGAUCUCUUGGGAAGGCUGGAACUCAUAUCAUGAUUGAGAAGUUUUCAGGCCUGCGGCCCAUCCAUAUGCUGCCAGCAUUUCCACUCGAAUACCACCCCGAUCAAGCAGGGGUAAGGCAAAAGUGUAUUGAAUGCGGGAAGAAAUUUUGUGGGCUAGUUAGGACGCAUAUCCGGCAGUGUAACGGAACAGCAUUUUUCAUGCACAAAGGGAAGCCAGUGCAGGUCAAGGUCAACAGACGUAUUGGCAUCGAUGCCGCAUUCUUCUACGAAUUUAAUCCCAAUUAUUACCGCCCGCGUGUUGAAAUAUCUAGCUCAAUGAGGUCAGACACCAACGGAAAUAUUUGGUUUGACUUAGGCGAACUCGAGGAGGAGCAGCAUAUGAAAGAAAAGGAGAAAUUCAGGAGGACAGACAGCCUCAACAUGACUGAUGAUGAUUAUCUGAUAUGUUGUCCCUCGGUUCCCGGCUUUAGUUUCGCGGAGAAUGAUUUCUACGAGUUUGCUUUUGAUGACAUUUGUGAUGUCAAGUGGUCACCUGGUCUUCUUGGGAACCUAACAAUUCCUGACAAGAAGAAACGCACACUAAUGGCCCUUGCAAGAACCCGCCUGGAGGUUGUCCCUUCCCUUCCAUUUGAUGAUUUUGUGGCGGGUAAAGGGCGUGGCUCGAACGUUCUUCUCUAUGGCCCGCCCGGAGUGGGCAAGACUCUAACUGCCGAAGCCAUGUCGGAGUAUUUUGAGCAGCCUCUUCACCUGAUACCCGCUGCCCAAUUGGUCGCGAAUCCUACUAAAGUUGAGGACAAUCUCACUCGUAUCUUUCAAAUCGCUAAGCGGUUCGAUGCCCUUCUUUUGUUAGAUGAAGGCGAUGUCUUCCUCGGACGCCGGGCAUCUAUCAACGCAUGCAAGGACGCUACUGUUACAAUAUUCCUUUGCAAGCUGGAGUACUUUCAAAGAAUCUUUUUUCUCACAACGAACCGGGAAACAGAGUUCGAUGAGGCAGUCCUUAGCAGGAUUCAUCUGAAGAUCAGAUACAAAAAGCUGAGCCAGCCUCAACAAAGGGAUAUAUGGAGGCACUUUAUCUCUUGA